CGUUUCAGAGGUGCUUUUGUGAAACCACAGCGCUCUGCCCGAUAAAAUGAAAGCUUUUGCGGGGUUUUGCUGUAGCCUGAUGCUUAAGCUUUGCUUGCAAGCAGGAAGCAGUGACCGUAAUCUAAUAUGGAAAUGGCUCUCUUCCAGGUCAGAGCGGAGCAGGAAACAACUGGGCAAAGGGCCAUUAUACGGAAGGUGCUGAAUUAGUUGAUUCUGUCUUAGAUGUUGUAAGAAAGGAGGCAGAAAGCUGUGAUUGUCUCCAGGGCUUUCAGCUUACUCACUCUCUCGGUGGUGGUACAGGCUCUGGCAUGGGUACCCUCCUCAUCAGCAAAAUUCGUGAAGAGUACCCAGACCGAAUUAUGAAUACUUUCAGUGUUGUACCCUCCCCUAAAGUGUCAGAUACUGUAGUAGAGCCCUACAAUGCCACGCUCUCGGUGCACCAGCUUGUGGAGAACACAGAUGAAACAUACUGUAUUGAUAACGAAGCCCUCUAUGACAUAUGCUUCAGAACACUGAAGUUAACUACUCCUACGUAUGGUGAUCUGAACCAUCUCGUGUCGGCAACCAUGAGCGGUGUUACCACCUGCCUGCGAUUCCCGGGCCAGCUUAACGCUGACCUGCGGAAGCUGGCCGUAAACAUGGUUCCCUUCCCCCGUUUGCACUUUUUCAUGCCUGGUUUUGCCCCGCUCACGAGCCGUGGGAGCCAGCAGUAUCGUGCUUUAACUGUGCCAGAGCUAACGCAGCAGAUGUUCGAUGCGAAGAACAUGAUGGCCGCGUGUGACCCACGUCACGGCCGCUAUCUGACCGUAGCUGCUGUUUUUAGAGGCCGUAUGUCUAUGAAAGAGGUUGAUGAGCAAAUGCUGAACGUUCAGAACAAAAACAGCAGCUAUUUUGUCGAAUGGAUUCCUAAUAACGUUAAAACAGCCGUCUGUGACAUUCCACCUCGUGGCCUGAAAAUGUCUGCCACCUUCAUUGGUAACAGCACGGCCAUCCAGGAGCUGUUCAAGCGCAUUUCUGAGCAGUUCACGGCCAUGUUCCGCCGAAAGGCGUUCCUGCACUGGUACACGGGCGAGGGCAUGGACGAGAUGGAAUUCACAGAGGCCGAGAGCAACAUGAACGACCUGGUGUCUGAGUAUCAGCAGUACCAGGAUGCCACGGCCGAGGAGGAGGGGGAGUUUGAGGAGGAGGCUGAGGAAGAGGCAGAGUAAAAGCUAUGCAGAUGAACACCUGUAAAUUUUGUUUAAAGCUGUAUGAACUCUUUCAUUCAAAACUUCUCUGUCUGUGUUGUGUUCCUCUCCUUCUCUCAGAGUCACUUCAGAUGCUGUACAGGCACCAUUAAAGCAUUUUUCACAGUGCA